AUGCCGAGCGGGGGAAAGAAGGGGAGGCUCGGGGGGAUUUCCUGGCUCGUCCCCUCCGACCAGCGGCCCAAGCCCAGGCGGACCGACGGCAACCGGGCGGCGCCGCCGGUCACUGGGCACGCGGGUUUCCCCACCUCCGUCGCGGAGGUCGUCACCAAGAACAACUCUUGGGCGAAGAAGCCGCCGCCCCGGUGGUUGCGGAGCUCCAAUGCUGGUGGCGGGGAGGCGGGUUUUUCCACCAUGGCCACGCUCGCCGCCGUGAUCAUGGAGGCUUCCGCGUCCAGCGCCGCUUCCCCCCCCGUCUCGCCACCGUCGCCGCUGCAGCCCUUGUCAACGAAGGCGGAGGACCGGGCUUCAGAGGCCUGGCCGCUCCUGGCGGCGACUUGCCGAGACAGAGGGAGGAAAGGUGAGAUUUUCCCGGGGCUUCGGGCUUUCUCUCCGCUGGAGGCACCGAUCAAUGAGUUCUCCAAGGGAUUCCCUGGAUCGAUUUACAGGGAUGAGGGGAUUCCUCAGAUCUUCCCCAGAACCGAAUUUCUCGAGGAAGAGGCCCAUCAGGCCUCUCCGCGAUCGAAGAGGGAAACUCUGGAAAAUCAUAAGUUCAGAGACCUCGGGGUCUCGGUUGGGGAAGACGAGCCAGAGAAGAAGCUACUCGAAGUCGGGCGACGAAGAUGGCUGCUGAUCCUUACGAGGUUGCUGAUCCUCGUCGUCUUUCUGACGAUCGGGAGUAAGAAGAUUGCACUCGGUAUAUCGAUUUCCGCCAUGGCUGCUCUGUUCGUCGAAGCCAUCUUCAAAAGCUUCCUCCCCUUCCUCAGAACCUGGGAGGAAGCAGAGAAAAGCCUGAGGUCCGCCACAGGCGGCAUCUCCAUUCCAGGUGUCCCCGCCCCGCUGCUCGACGUGCCGCCGGGUUCGAGCGGCGGCGAAGAAGUCGCCGCCGAGUCGCCGGCGGCUUAUGAGCCUGAUCUUGGGUCUGAGUGGAGUUGGGAGGCGAGGGCACCUCUAGAAGUCUUGUUUUCCCCCGCGCCGGUGGCGGCUUCAGCGGCGGAGGAAGACCGUGCUGAAGAGGAAGGUGGGCAGAGUCUGGGGAGGGUACACCGCAGGUCGAGUGGGAAGACGAAGAAACUGUUGAAGAAGCUGGUGCGAAAGAGCUCUGCGGCACCCAGCGUGGAGAGAGAGGAAUGA